AUGGGCCUCACCAAAGCCGAAGACUCCCCGGGACUGUCUCUGGAACUCGACAGCUACAAGGCCCACUACUCUCCCGGCGACACCAUCAGCGGUCGAGUGGUCCUCAAUACGGCGGAUGAGGUCGGGAUUGGCAAAGUUGUCGUUUCAUUCUGGGGUCGGGCGAAAUCACGAAUUAUCCAGCAACACGGCCAAGCGGUCACAUAUCAUCGUGGUCGCACACAGUUCUUCAAACAAGAGCUUGUCCUCUACGAGGGCCAAUAUACCCACAAAGCCGGCACAUUCAGCUGGCCGUUUGAGUUCGUCGUCCCCGAACAGGCCGACCCAGCAAGUAUCCUCGCCGGAGAGAAAUGGAAGCCCAAGGAUCACUUUCGAGGGACAGCAGAUGUGAACGACCUCGAACUCACGCUUCCGGCGUCCUGCUAUCAUUCGCGACACAUGUUCGGUCGUCACGCCGAGUGCUUUAUCGAGUACGUCCUCGACGUGACCUUGGUUGAGCCAGAGGGUCUACAUCACAUCCGUGGUCCUCAAAGCAAGGUGUCAACUCGGCCGAUUAUCUUUCACCCUCUGUCGACACCCGAACCCAUCCAGAACUAUAACUUCGUCACCGACCAACGACUCUUCACCAUCUCGACACUGAAACUCCUACCAGAGCAUGCCGGAACCAGCCUCGGACUCCGAGAUCGCGCUCGCUCGAUUUUUCAGCGCGAUUCGCUUCCCAAAUUCUCCUUCAGCCUUGCUGUUCAGGCACCGAGUAUCAUCCAGCUGAUGCAUCCCGAUCCAAUACCGUUCCUUAUCACUGCGACACCAGACUUGUCCCCCGGGCUCACCACCAUCGACACCUCCACGUCGCUACCCACCGUGACCCUCAAGGCGGCCAAGAUUGAACUGAAGACGUACAUUCGCUGCCGCGCGGCCGGCACGUUUUCCGACAGCAAGACAUACGAAAUCCCCAUGCUGUCUUACAAGACUUUGAACCAGCCGCUGACCAUGGUCCGUGGUAGGGCGACAGCCGCGGAGGCAACGCUGAACCUCGGACAGCUGGUUGACCUACGUCUGGCCAAUGCCAAAUUGGGAUCCCGGCUCGAGGCACCCCUGACGCCCAACUUUACCACGUACAAUGUCUCGCGGUCGUAUCAUCUGCUCUGGGAACUGGAGAUCGAGUGCGCGGAUAAGACCGAGAAGUUUUCGUCGGUCAAGAAUGGGCCGGAAUGCACGGUCAUUCUGCCCCCAGCUACGGUUCGAAUCGACAGCGUUUUGGACACCAAUAUGCUACUGGGAGCAGAUCUGUCCCAAGCCAUGACGGGAACGUCUGCCGAGAGCACAGGCUCUGGGUCAAGCUCCGGCUUCUGGCAUCGCCGCAGUCACGAGGGCAAAGAAUCGAGCAAGGAGAAGUCUGGCAUAGGCCGCCCCGUCACAUCCAAUGGCGGGGGUGAAGCUGGUGCAUUUGAUCUCGACAGCAAAGGGAAAUCGAAGGCCCAGGAAGCAGCUGAAGAGCGGGCUCUCGCGCGUCUGGGGGAGAUUGAAUCGGCAUACCAGAGACGCCACCAGGACUCCCGCAACACCCCUGUCGACGACGCAGCGGAGAAUAUGCCUAGGGGAGAAGCUCUUCCGACUCAACCAGCGAUCAUCACGGUAACGGACACGGAACAACAACUACCGAGAUACAAGCCAUGA